AGUUGUUUUGUCGUAGUUGACAACUCGACACCAUUGCCAGGUUCUCAGCGAAUCUCUCCUUUGCCCAAGAUACCUUACUCUCACUACCCGUAAUCCUCAGUUCGUAAUUCAAACAACAAUUGAUAGGUCGUCACGAUUUCAACCUGCAACACCGCAUGCACUGCACCUCAAAACCGAACACUUGCCCACACCAGGAAUCAAAAUCUCCCAGUGCCGACUUUAUUGGCCGAAUAUUCUUUCCUUAAUUCUGCUGCGGGCUUUCAUUGCAGAUUUGUAGUUGCUGGAGUCACAGUCAUUUCUCUCCAAAUCUCGAAAUCUUUGUCGCUUUGCCAAUGCCUGUCAGUUUGCAUUCUUCGGGAAGUGAGAUAGCACAGAAUCAUACACACGAGCACACAAGCACGAUCACUGCAACAACUCCCAUAUCCUGCCGUAAGCCUCCCUCUCAGGUACCAGUUUUCUCGCCAAGUCCAAUGCAAAUGCGAAGUCAAGAGCCCAGUGGUCAGCCUGCAGUCGCACUGGCUGCCCAUGGAGUUGGAGAGAGAGGAGGCAAUCUAUCUGACGCACCAGAGGUACGGCAGGCACCGACCCAGUCUGCUCCACCUAGAGGGCAAUCCUUGCAUAAGGGUAUAAAUGGGCAGACACCAAACGGUAUACCGCCGAGUUCAGCCGUUCAUCGACAAUCCUCACCCACCAGAAGUAGUGGACCUGUCAAUACCCCUCCAUCCGCAUCUGUUACUGUCUCGCAAGCGUCAUCACCAGCAUCUAACGCAGCCGGAAUAAAAAAGGCACCAAAACCACAGAAGAAGGCACUGGCACCUGAGGAGUUAUCAUCGAUGAUCCAAUCAAAGAUCGUUCAACUGGAGACUGAGUCAACACUGGAGGAAGAGGAGGAGAAGGCUAUUGCCAAGGCGGUGAAAAAGGCGUCAAAAGAUAUCAGCCAACUCAUGGAGAACCAAACUAGUACAGAGAAACUAGAACUGAUCCAAACUAAAUAUAUGGACUUGUUCCAAGAGAACAAACGCCUGGAACGAGACCACGGAAAACUCAAACGGAAACUAGAACAAUCGAAUAAAGAGAAAGAUUCCUCAAAGGCCGAGUACACAAAGCUUCAUGCCCAAAAGCAGAAAAUUGAGGCUCUUUGUAGAGAAUUACAAAAAGAAAAUAAACGAGUAAAGGAGGAAAGCAAGCGCUUGGCCGUCAGCGAGCAGCAAAAGAGGGAAGAACUGUCUUCAAAGUUUGAAAGCACCAUUUGGGAGAUAAAAUCAAAGAUGGAGGAAGACAGCGACGAGAAGAAGCGAAGAGCAGAGGACAGUGAAAUGCUGAAGGAUAAAUUCAAAAGUUUCCUUGAGCAAUAUGAACUGCGAGAGAAGCAUUACAACUCAAUGGUGAAAUCACGGGAGAUUGAGAUCCAGCUCUUGGAGGCGAAACUUGAGCAACAACGACGUGCGACGGAGGAGGAAACUAUAAAAGGCACUGCUUUAAAGGCUCAAGUGGCGUCUUUUGUGAAGACGGAGACGGACUUGCGGAAGCAGCUGUCUAUAUAUGUGGAAAAGUUCAAGCAGGUUGAGGAGACGCUGAAUAAAAGCAAUGAGCUGUUUAUAACGUUUCGGAAAGAAAUGGAGCAGAUGACGAAAAAGACGAGGAAGCUAGAAAAAGAAAACACUGCCGCCAAACUAAAAUGUGAAAAGAUGAACAAAAAUAUAUUAGAAAUGGCGGAGGAGCGAACAAAAAAUCACAAAGCCCUAGAGAACGCUCUAGCAGGGAAAGCAAAAAUGGAAAAUCUGUGCCGUGCCCUCCAAACGGAGCGAAAUACACUUCGAAAAAGACUAUCGCAGUACGAAAGUCGAUCCCCAUCGCCAUCAGUAGGCUCACGGAAUUCAGUGAGCGGGGAUGACGAGAGAGGGAGUGGGGACACAGGGAGUGCGAAUGGAAGGGAGGUGGGGGAAGGUGAUACGGGGUCAAGCAGUAAUGAUGAAUUUUUGGAAGUUGAAAGCACUGAAGGCGAAGAGGACUUUACCGAUGAAGAAGGUCAUGGGCCGAAUGGAGUGGAUGUUGUGCAAAGUACCCCAGAAACGGCCUAAAUUUCUCAACAAGGGAGAUGGCGGGUGAUCUGCGGCGUGUUUUCGGCGUCAAGCAAGUUGUCUUUUGUGCAUUGUCGUGAAAGUUUUACGUGGGCUUGCAUGGUGGGCUUUGCACGUAGCUCUUUCUCUGGCGCUAAACACGAGUUCCGGCUGCCUAUCUCACUUGUGUACUUUUGAGACUCGCAUUAUAGUCACUUCUUUUGCACAGAUUAUUGUACAUUAUCUUUUUUUUCAUUCAAAAGUCCUAUAUCUAAAUACAGUUUUUCUUUUGGUGUUGUUUGC